AUGGUUGAGUUACAACCGAUCUUCAAAAAGGCCUACUGGACGCUGGCCGCUGGAGGCCUGGUUUAUGUGAGCUUCAUCUGCGCGCUCACAUGGCCCAAUGUCCAAAGAUUCGCCCUGUAUGCGAACAAAGUCAAUCCUGCUCUGUGGGAGGAUGUCAACCAGGUCGAGCGCUUCGGAUUCCUGAAAACGCAGGUCCAACCAUUCAAUCUGGUUACCCCCGAUAAUGAGACAAUCUAUGGCUGGCAUUUACUCCCUCUGCACCUCUGCCAUGAGCACGAAGAGGAACUGAAUGCAAACGAGCCAUCUGGACCAGCUGAAGACUAUACCCGAACCUCGGCUUUCAAAUUUCUAGCCAACGACCCUAACGCUCGAGUAGUUGUCAACUUCCACGGCAAUGCCGCGCAUCUCGGCUCCGCUCAGAGACCUGAAAUCUAUCGCAUGCUUCUGGGCUUGUCAACGCCCUCCAACCCUGUCCAUGUCUUCGCAAUUGACUAUCGUGGGUUCGGAGUGUCCACCGGCUCCCCGACCGAAGAAGGCUUAAUUACGGACGGUGUCUCCCUUAUCAAUUUCCUGACCGCCGGCCCUUUGAACAUCCCGCCAUCCAGGAUUGUCAUCACGGGACAGAGCCUGGGAACAGCUGUCAGCGCCGCAGUCGCUGAGCGCUAUGCAUUUGGUUCGCCAGAUCCCGCAGCUGUCCAACCCGCCAUCAAAGACCCCGAACCGUUCGCAGGUGUAAUCCUCCUCGCAUCAUUCAGCAACCUGCGAAACCUUAUCGAAUCCUACAGCUUCAAAGGUCUUACGCCCCCGAUGCUCUCUCCCUUGAUUGGCUACCCUCGCGUACAAAGAUGGGUAAGGAGCCAUAUCGUCGACCAUUGGGACACGGCCGCUCGCCUCGCACGCCUGACGGGCGUCGCACCAUCGGCUGAGGAAGACGCGAAGGCAGGGUACGCCAGCAAAGACUUGGAUCUCGCAAUCGUUCAUGCGUUCAAUGAUGUCGAAAUUCCCUGGUACGAAGGACGUAGUGUCUGGAUUGCUGCCACUGGUGAAAACCAGAAAGAUGCCCCUGGCGCUCUUGUGUACCAGAAAAAGGAAGAGGGUGGCCCAACCGAGGUGAAGGUCUGGGAGAACAGGUCCGGGAAGAACGGCGUGAAGAAGGUUCGAUGGGAACGUGUAGGCUACGGUGGUCAUAACCGUGUGGCUACUUUCUCUGUUGCUGCGCUUGCUGCGCUCAGAGCUUUUGAGGAGUAA